UCGGUAGCUGGAGCUAAAGCUAAACUGCUGUGUUCUCGUAUCGUUUGUUUUUUUCCGGGGCUGACGCUGCUCUCUCCGUCGUAGAAGUAGUUCUUAAAACGUCGGCUGGAAGAGAACACGUUGACCGUCCUGGUGAUCGAGGUGUGUCACCUUGGCUGUGGUCCUCACUCCUCUCCUCAGUUUCUCUCGGUGGUGGGUGACACUGGCUCCCUGCCAGUCCUCUGCCGAUGAAGAUGUCCCUGGCCCAGCGGGUGCUCCUCUCCUGGAUCUUUGCCCUCAUCUUCCUCAUCAUGCUGGUCCUCAAGCUGGACGCCAAGAUCCACUGGAACUGGUUCCUGAUCUUCCUCCCCAUCUGGACCUUUGACACCAUCCUCAUCCUCAUGCUGAUCGUGAAGAUGGCAGGACGCUGCAAGCCAGACUUUGACCCCAGAGACGGCGAGCAGAGCCUGAAGAAGAGGCUGUGGUAUCUGACGGCCCUGCUGCUGAAGCUGGCCUUCUGUCUGACACUGUGCUCCCACCUGGAGAGGCUGGCUGACAUGUGGGUCAGCGUGGUGUGUGUCCCUCUGUGGGUGCUGCUGGGGGGGGCGCUGGUGGAGCUGGGACACAGUGUUUUCCACUACAGGAGGGACUGAAUCAGAAGAGCCUACAAUACUUGAUUUUGAACAUGACAGACUUUUUACUCUCAGGCUUCCCGAGCUAUGGAUGCACCAAUCUGAUCCGCUGGACUGGGAUCAGAGCUGACGCAGACCUUAUGAAGCGCAUUGUGUAUCAGGAUGACAUGACAGAUCCACUUUAGAUGCUGUCUAUUGUCAAUGUCAUUAUAACAUGUGAUGUUUCUGCCUCGAGCUCAGCAAGUUACAGCAGGUUCCAAACCCAAGAGGCUCCAAAGAGUUCUUCACACUGGUUCACAGGUUUUAAAUCCGAUAGGCGCAGAGCGGGGCGUUGGUUUGACGUUCACAUGUGUGCACCAGUUCAUUAUGACACUAAAUGUUGCUCUACAAUUCACCUCUACACUUUUUUUGGGAAGAGGGCACACACACACUGUAUGGACACACAUACAGCAUUGUCUGCUGUGUCCAUGUUAUACUAGUGCCACAUUGACGGUAUGAAAUUACUCUCUGCACUAGCAUGCACUGUGUACCACUGAACCAUAUAUGUUGCUGUCUGUGGAGUCACUGUUGCAUCUCUGUGUAUUUCUGUAAAGCAGUUAGAAAUCUCACAACUUCCAGAUGUGAUGAAUCUGUCAGUACAUCCCAGAAUGUCCUUCUGCCACUGAAACAAUUCAGUUUGAAUGUAGUCCGGAACAUUCUCUGGAUAUAUGAAUAAGUCCUUUGCACUGUGUGGAUAAAGAAUUGUAGUUUACAUCCUUGUGAAUGCAAAAUAUAAUUCUGUAAUACAUAUAAUACAAUUUCUGAUGGCUAUAGGGCCAGUGCUCAUUAA